AAAGAGGUGUUGAAGCGGCGAGAAAAUCUCCACGCUAUAUCGCCGUGGGUGGUUUCGUCUUCUUCUCCUCCUUCUUCCUCUCGCUCCGAAGUGACAUAUCCUGAAGAUAAUCUUGAAGUUGUGUGUGUGAGGUCUGAGUCACUUAAAAGCUUCAAACUAGGCACUACACGUGAUGGAGCUGAAGAUCCUAAUGUGGAGAUCGAUUCUCCUAGACUUGAGUACAUGAGUAUACGUGAUUACACAUGUAAAAGUUUCGUAAUACAUCGUAUUGGUCCAUUUGCGAAGGUGAACACUGAUAAGUUUGGUGCGGUGCAUGCUGAUGAUCCAUUGGAGAGAACUUUGUUCCAUGGUUUUCUCACUGGGAUAUCCACAGUCCGUGAAAUGAUCAUUUCAGCUCGAGCUCUAGAGGACGUCCGUAUUUACUCUAAGUUCGACCCAUUGCCUCUGUUUUAUAACUUGUCUCGCUUGGAUGUUUCGUUUGCUGAACAUAAUUUGGAGUUGUUGCCAACCUUUAUUGGUUGCUGCCCAAAUCUACAGUCCCUUAUCAUGGAAUUUGACUGCCCUCCAGAGACAAAGGAGAUUAAGCUUUCAUAUGUACCUCAAUGUUUCUCAUCCUCUCUUGAGUUUGUUGAGAUGAAGACACCAGUCACAACCAUGGAGCCAACAAUCAAGAUGAAUCUGGCCAUAUAUUUUAUGAGGAACUCUGCGGUUUUGAAGAAGCUGGUGGUGAGUAAGAAUUUCAUCAACAUUAUCAGCAAAAUCAGAAAGAUUCCAAAACUGUCUCGAUGGUGUGAAGUUGCCAUGCUAGAGUUCGAGGUUGUCUCUCAAAAGUCCAGUUUAGUAUCAGGUCAU